AUGUCCAACAACAAGCAUAGCACUUUGAAUGACACGGAUUUGGCUGGAAUUGGAAAACUAACAAAGCAGAAUCUCUACGCCCUUUUGGGUAACGAUGUGUCUGACGACGAGGGAGAAGUUCUUGCUCCAAAGGAAAUUGUCAAGAAGAGCACCUCUUCCAAGAAAGUCGAUGCUCCACCUCCUUCUGCCGACAAAUCUAAGGCCAAGAAGAACAAGAAGCCUUCUGCCACCGGAAACGAGGCUGGUUUGAAAUUGAAGAACAAGAACACUGAGGUUGAACCACCAAAGUCCACUGACCGUCGUACCGCUAAGAGCAAGAGCUUCGACAAGCACUCUAGAACCGGAAAGACUGAGACCGCUAAGUCUCAAAAGACCAAGCUUGGUGACGAGGUCGAUGCCCAGGUUGAGGGUGAGGCUGAUGCCCAAGAGGAGCUUUCUGAGGAAGGUGAAGAGGUUGAGAAGCCAGUCUACAAGACCCUUGAUGAUUACUUCAACGAAUUGCAGGUGCAACAAACCGGUCUCUCUGCCAAGCCAAAGAGAGCUGCCAACCAAGGUGCUCAGGACAAAUGGACCAACGACGAAUUGCUUGUCAAGGAAAAGGAGGUUCUUUUCGAGCCAACUGGAUUGAAGCAAUCCAAGCAAAAGGCUAAGAAGGUUAAGCAAUUUGUUGACGUUGAGGUCAUUGUUGCUGACGAAAUCCGUGAACCAAGAGAAAGACCAGCCAGAAACACCAACUCCAGAGGUGGUAACAGAGCUCCAAAGGGUAAGGGUGCUAAACCAGCCCCACGUAAGGUUGCUCUUAAUGACAAGAACUUCCCAGCUCUAUGA